CGGGCUGCAAAAAUCCUGCAUCCCAGUGUCUGUCGAAGCGUCUGCCCGACCGCUGCAGCAGCCGGAGCUUCGCAAGUGCUAUCCAGCCGCAACACAGCGACACAGCGGCACCGACGACGCUGACAUGGCUUCAACGGUGCAGGGCGUCACUACCCUGCCUCAGCUGAUGGAGUUUCUGAGCUCCUACAAGAACGACGUUUUGGUCGAAGGGCUCUCUGCUUUUGAUACGCAGCUCCAGAGGCUCGUGAACGAUGAAGUCGAUAUCGAGAUCUCCGAUGAAGCAGAUGUCCUCCGCGGAUACCUGAAGCAGUCUCCAGAAUGCAGCGAGUUGUUUUCGAUCUGGAAGUAUCAGCAAGAGAACAACGUGUCUGAGCUCGAGGCGGUGAUCGUACGGGCCAUAACCAGCAUCAUCGUCCUGACGAAACGAAUCGAGAAAUGGGGCAUCGGGACGGCCGUCGUCCGGAUCCUGCUUCGAAACCACAUGAAGCCGGUGUAUCGCAACCUCUCGUCGGGGAAGCAUGCUGUCCAGCACAGUGCCUUGAAACUCCUACUGGCUCUUGCAUCUCAUGGUGCCGGCACGACCAAGGAGCUCCACGAAGGCUUCAACUUCAGUCUGAAGGUUCUCCCAAAGUUAUUGACGGUCCGAAAGCCCUCGGAUGCCCGAUCGAUGGAAGAUGUGCGCUCUCUCUAUGUUCGGUUCAUCCUCGCGUUUCUCGUCCACGGCGACGUAAACGUCAAAAAGUCAUGCCUGGAGAUGAAGGACUUUGUCAGCAGCGUAUUCAAGGGAAUGGCGGAGGAUUCAUAUGAGCUCGUCGAGUAUAUCUUGAGUGUCCACAAGAAACACGUCGUCGAUGAUGCCAAUCUAAAUCGCACAGUCAAGAUCGCUUUCUACAACAACUACAUUCUGGAGCAGAUCACCAAACUUUACACACGCACGGAUCCCACUAUCGAGGGUGUCCAGAAGCUGGCAGGUGGUUGCGAGAGCAACGAAUCGCUGCCUGUCGUGGCCGAUCUGGCCCAUCUCUUUUUGAUGCACAUCUGCACCAAGCCAGGGGUCGGAAUCUGCUUCCAGGACCACGGGUACUUUCCGGCGCGAUCCUCAAGCGGCAACGUUUCCAAAAAGGGAGUGCGCCUCUACAACAAAACUCUCUACAAGUAUCUGUCGAUUCUCCGCCCAACCGAGGACACCCGCCAGCAGGAGCUGGUGCUUUCGAUCUUGGGCGCGUGUCCGGAGUUGGUCAAGUUCUUCUGGCAGGAGAUUAUCUCGUUGUCGUUUGAGCCUCGCCCCUCGGCCAAGUGGAUGUCCAGCAUGUCGUUUGCAGCCAAGGUCAUUGACCUUCCUGUGCCGGAUGCUCUUGGCGCAGUGUCGGAAGGCGCCGCUCCGCCUCCUGUAUCGGGCAUAGCAGAGAAUAUUCUGCCCUCCGCUCUGAGUCGGGCCCUGCUGGGGCGAGCUCUGCAGCACACCAGCCAUGCCGUCAAGCACACCAUGGCAAUUGUGAUGGCGGUUGCUUUCAAGAAGCUGGCCAAAGUUGAGAAGCAUAUCGACAAGGCUCGCUGGCGCCAUUCUGCUGAAGCACCAGUCCCCGUUUCAGUGGAGCGUGGUCGAGAAAGAGAUACCAAGAGCCACCGAGCAUCCGAUCUCACUUGGGAAACGUACAGGUCGCUGCUGCUAGAGGAGAUCAAGAAGCGCUUGCCAGACGUGCAGAUCAUCCUUGCUCUCCAGCACCAAUCCACGGGCAAUGCCAGUAGCCGGCUGGACGAGCCCCAGGUAGUGGAGUCAAAGGAAGAUCAGAUCGAGGACGACACAACCCCUGAACAGCUCCAGGCUGCUGCCCUUCGGCUGAUUCUCUGUUAUCAGCGCUAUUUCCCCGAAACCAUAUUCGAAUCGAGAUUUGACUACGGCAAGCUCUUCCCUGCCAAUCUGCUUGUCCUCAGCGCAGAGAUCCAAGAGAUUCUCCUGGAACUGGCUGCGGUGGCUGACGGCUUUAAGUGGCAGAAUCGUACGGUCGGCGCGUCUCUUUCGCACCUUGGCAACAUACUCGACCUGCAUCUGCGGACCGGCGAGGAUCACAUUCGGACUCUGACCCGGAUCGCUGCUCGACGGUUCUUGGGAGGUACCAUCCUCUUUCGCCAACACAUCAGCGAAAUAGACAUUUGGGUGUCGACCCUGGUCCGCCUGCCGACGGAAUACCGGGACUCGGUGCUAAAGUGGCUCGAUGAGGCAUUCUGCACCGGCGUGCGGAAUCCAUUCAAGACAAUCGAUCGCAUGGCACUUCUUGCAUCUAAAGUUCCUUCGGAAGGUGACACCCUCGCCCUGCAGCUGUCCCGCUGGGCUGGCCAAAGCAUCCUCAGCUUGGAGCAACACAUUGAUCGGUUUUACAAAGCCUCUGCAAUCCCCGACGAAGAUGCGGAUGGCCCCAACUUCCCGUUUUCGAUUGGCGUGCUCUGUGCCAUCGAUGCCCUCUAUGCCCUUUUGAACAAGGAUGCAGUAUCCCGUCGGGCCGUCAUGGUUUCUGAGUAUAUGCACCUUGUGAUCAAAGAGCUACUCCUUUCCACGCAAGGCUCGGCUGUGUUCGUGAUCGAAGCGCUGUCCAAGCUCGAUGGUCUGGUGCCGGACGACACCCAACUUGCACUGGACCGUCCAUGGACGGGAAUCGACUAUUGCAUCGCCCACAAAAUAGUCGCUGAUGAUUUGGAUCAUGCUUUGACUCCAAACCCCGACCAAAUGCAGACCGACCUUGCCGUCGACGGUGCCGCAAUUCAACUGCGACACAAUGCGCAUACCGCUGCAGGCACGCCAAGUGAGAUCGCGACUCUGUCGAUGCGGGAAUUUGCGGUCUCGCUCGCCAGUACGCUUGCAAAUGAAGCAUCCCCGGACAAUGCACAGGCGGUCGGCUGGUUCCUGGAGCUCAAGCAUCCAGCGGCGCGCUCAUUCCUGGAUCGGUACCCGGACCUAGUGGCGACGCUAAUCAGCAGCGAUAUGAGGAGCCAUUGGCUCGGUAGCGCCAUUCGACAUCUCUCCCCCAGCACCUUGCUCAGUAACAUCGUAUUGUCAAGAGAUUUGUCGCCCACAGCAAUGGCAGCACUCAAGUCCGUCAUGCAUGAUGCGUUCGAGGAGAUUCACAGUCCCGUAGCCUUGCUGCGACAUCUGCGCACACUCCUCCUCGCUGUGAGGACCCACGAUAUUCGGUCCGACUUGGCAGUGUUUGUUUUUGAGUCUAUCCGGGCUAUUCUGUCGCGACUACACCGAGAGUCAGCUGCCAGGCUAGAUCCCGAAUUCCAGCAUCCAAAUGCGGUUUACUUCCACGAUGAAGGGCUUUCGGAUGACUACGAGACCGCUGCGUGGAUGGCCGGGUUUCAAUCGGGCCUCGAUAUGGUGCUGUCGCACCACAUCAUCCUCCAGUCGUUCUUUGAUGACACGACCCUCGGCAUCGAGUGUGCCAGGACGGUGUAUGAAUCGUUGUUGAUUGCACCCAAGUCGCUAGCUGGUUCAUUUGAUCGAUAUCUUGAGCAGAUCGUCGAUGUGCUGCUGGCCCACCUCUCCAGCCAGACCCAGAUCUCUGCAGAUGCAAUCCUGCGGGUCUUUGAGCUGUUCCGACAUCACAUUCGACCCCACGACCUCGAUAAAAUCAUCAAGGCACUGUUUGAAUCAGCCGUGCGCGACAAGGAGAAGAUCUAUUCGCACAGCGAGCUGCUAUCUCUUGCUCUCACAGCGGACGGAUCAACCGAUCGACGAAUCAGCUCGUGCUCGUUUGUGCUUCUUCUCGAGCUCAUCAAACUCAAGCAAAGCCCCGACCUGGACAUACUGGCCCUCGGGACACUGCAGCGAUGCUAUUCCCGGGGCGUGGCUGUCGCGCAGCCAGGCUUCGCUGUCUAUGCGUCCGACGAUGACAGUGUUCCGUGUAACGCUGCUCUUCUGAUCGACAGCCAAAUCGUUGACUAUUUCGCAAGGCAGGCGGACGUUGGCGGACAGGUCUUGCAGCUUCUGGCGACACACAGCCCAGCCCAUCGCAAUUACAUUAUCCGGAACGUCGUACCCAAGAGCCUCAAGGGCACAGCCAUGUCGGAGAUGCUACUGGCGGGGCUGCUUCAAGGAGUUUGUGGGCCACCCGAAAGCCUGGCAGAAAAAUGGCAGCCUGAAGAACUCUCACCGUACCUCGAUGCCAUCCAAGCGCUCUGGAACGAAGUUGAGGAGCGGUCGCUAGACACGCUCUUCAAAAGCCUGACCGGUCAGCAUGCAUUCCAUGCCGAUGAGGUCGCAAAAGUCAGUAUCCCUAUCUAUGUGGCACACUUGACGCAUCCAUCGUGGUCUGGAAGCUUUUUUGCAGAUCUGCUCUCGAAAACUCGCGACACCAAGGCUCAAGACUCUGCAAGCCGACUCCACUGGCUCCCUGUCCUUCUCCCGGGGCUGUCUCGGCUAGAAGAGCCAGCGGCGCGGCCUGCACGAGAAGCUGCAGGCCAGAUACUUGUGCCAAUCAUUGCUCUGCGUGCAUACUAUCACUCCAAGAAAAAGUGUGCUGGUGGCGAGGACGAGGAGCUCGCGGCCCGCAACUUGUCGCGCCACCUGGUCCGCUCGUUGGAAGCGGCAGAUCAAGAGACAGUCGAGGUCUUGCUUGCCAACGACGACAAGGCGCUGGAAGAAAUCAAGUCAUACAUCGUAUCGACUCUGAAGUAUCGCGUCGCUGAUCUCGUGGCCUUGGAAGCACUGACGAGUCUGAUCCAGGUGCUCUAUGGCGCGGCGAAAUCCACCAAGCUAAGGUCGGCCCCGCGAUUGCCGUUUCUUCCGGACGUGCUCUGUGAAAUGAUCAUCUCGCAUUCUCAAUUCGAGACCAUCAACGCACCUGGUGCGCUGACCAGCGCCGAAGUGGCCCAUCAUCCCCAGACAAAGAGUCCAAUCAGGGCCAUCCAUCCCGCAAAGUCGGCACUCCUUGGAUUGCUUCUUGUGCUCGUCAAGCUUGAUCCUGUCCGUUGCUGUAGACCUGCUUUUCUGAAGCCCCUGAGCGCCGGCUACCAGGCUACCGUACACCCCGCCGAUCGCACUGUGCUUGAAAUUUGGAGCAUCUACGAGGCAGAGGCCGGUGUGAGUGUGGCAUCCCAUGCCGUAGCAUGGUCCCGGCCCAACACCGUUCUGAACACCGUCAGCCCGGUAACAGCUGCCGAAUCGAUUCUGCCCAUCGACCCUGUCUGGAUGGCACACACGCUGCAACUGCUGCCUGUCGCCGAGGCCCUUGAGAUGCGAGCGUUGGACAUUCAGUCAAAGUGCAAGCCUUCGCGCCUGUGGCCACUCUACGACAUCAAGUUUGUGCUGCCCCUGACUGCCACAGCCGUGGUGACGGGCGAGUCCAAACUGGACUUGAAGCGUCUGAUUGAAGUGAAUUGUCUUGGACUUGCUGUGGUAGCGCUGUCUGCAGAGGAUACCGAGACCCGAGAGGCGGGCUAUUUUGUGGUUGACAAGGCGUAUCAGUUGAUUGAGUCGUCGCCAUCAAAGGAGCACAACCAAGUGAUGCUACUCUUGGAAAGCCUGAAAAACGCAAUCACAGAUCGCGACAGCCCUCAACGAGUCCCCUCAAUUGUAGCCCUCUUUGUCGCGCAGGCACUGAUGGUUGUGAUGAAGCCAGAAAACUCGCUGUAUCCGCUGAUCAACCGCUUCUUGCUGCAACGGCCCACAAUUGACUUGGAGGACGUACCGAUGUUUUACAGCUUGUUCUACUCACACAGCUCAGAGUUCCGGAAGGAACGCAUCUGGAUGCUGCGUCUGCUUUCGUGUGGUUUGAAAACAUAUGCGGAUUAUCGAAUUUACAAGCGACGCCACGUCUUCGACAUCGUGACGGGCUUUUUCCACUCAAGUCUCGCGGAUGCACAGACCCGGAAGCUCGUGUUUGAGCUCAUCUUCAAAGCGUCCUUCAUCCCAGGAGUUAUCGCCGACAUGGCCAACCACAGCGGCCUGCUUGCUUUCUUCACGACAUGCUCCAGCACUAUUGCAGUUGCCUCCAAGAAUGAGCUAUCGUUAGCAUUGCCGCGCCUCCUGACUCAAGUCGUGAAAGGCUGGGACAUGAGAGACACGCCCGGAGCCAGUCUCUGGACCGACUCAAUCGCCGCAACUGUCAAAGCAACGCUGGACACGGUCUGUCUGCAGUUCCAAGCUUGGGGCGUGCUUGCUCAAUCGGCCACCUCAGCAGAAGAACUGGUAUGGUGGUGCCAGAUGCUCUUCAAUGCAAGUUCUCUUCUGGCUGCCACGCUGCAUCUUGCAAGCUCCACGGACCGACAUAACUCAAGGCUGUUUGAGCCCGCCACUUUGCUGCAGCUGGUUCGCGCCCUCCAAGAUGCACGACGGCUCUUGUCGUCCGCCACACCUGAUCGCUCGACUGCAACCAACCAACACCAGCACGACCAAAUGGACCCUGAAACCCUCUACAGCGUCGAUCUCGAUAGCUCGGCAAUCCUGCAGGCUGCCUUUGAUCAGUGUUUCUCGGCGCUGUGUCUGCUUGAAACAGGAAGCCUCGAAGCCAUCGCAGCGAUCCCAGACACAGGCGCGCUCUAUGGCUUGAUGGCAUGGAGCGUCAGCGUCUUCCAAAGCCGCUCGGAAGCCUGGCAGCCCGAUCAUCUCGAGUCGUAUUUGACAUGGCUGCUCAGACUGCAAAUCAAAUUUGCCAGAGCCGGAGCGCGUUUACCAACAAUCCGGUCAGCGAAUCGCGGAGUUCAGGAAGAGCUCGAAGUUCAGACGACUCUUGUUGGACUGGUUCGGGUGCUUGCGCUUGCCGCAGCCACAAGGGGCCAUGAACAGGCCCUCCGAACAAGCGCGCUGGCAGCCGCCAAUCUCAUCGCACUGACACAGACUCACGUUUCGGCGAGCCUGAAACGCAAGCAUGUCGAGGACGACGAUCCCAGCGACGGUCCCAGCGACACAGGUUUACAAGGACGGUUGAUGGCCAUUCUCGGCAAGCUGGCUCCCCUGACUGCCUCUCCAUCACAGCUGAUGGCGGAAGCAACUGAAAGCCAUGUCCGUUGUGGCAGUCACUUGGUUUCGGAGUCGAUUGCCGCGGUCGUUGGGUUCAUGUGGAUGGGCGGCGCCGACCCGGAGCGAAACGACUCUCUCUUCGCAAUGCUGGACGAGUGCAUAUCCAGCAGCGUCGUGUCCGUCUAAACGCCACAAUGGCGCAUGAUGGAUCGGAACACCACGAGAUGGCCUGGUGUGUCGCUAAAUAGAAAGCGAUAUUCUCUGUCCCUGGGGUCGCCGCGUUUGAUUCCCACAAUAUGAGCCAGAGCGCCAUGCCUGAAACCGAUGUCUCGCGCUGUGGAAAUUCGUGCUGGGACAACCCCUCGCCAAUGCACCGUUGUCCGCCACGACAGCCUCAAUCAAACG